UUUAGGAAAAAUAUUCGUCUAUCCACGGCCCCAUCGCAGAAGCACAGCGAGUCUACCGCAAAUUACACACUGACUGACUGACCGCGGCGAGCUGACCGUGACGCGCAUGGAGAGAAUAUUUUAUCAAUCGGACUGAGAGACAGAUGAACGUGUUUUCUCCUUUAUUCCCAAUAGCCUAAUGGAACGGACUGACGGUCUAAACCGCUGUCUGACCGCAUGCUGAGCAAGAAGCUGAAGGAAAUCGUAGAUUUUCGUGGUGUAACCAAUGAGAAUGUGUCCGUAGACUCGAUAAGAAAAAUCAUUGAAGGUAUGUAUAGCUGAAUCUCAUAUAUUUGAGGGCAAAUUGUUUGUUUCUUUGAGUGAACAAAAUCCUUGAAAUGGAAACGUGCUUGAUGGGCUAGAUAUUGGCACAGCCUCUCCUCAUCUAUAUAUGUGGAUGUAGAAUGUCAAUUCUUAUGAUUGCAGCCUAGUCAGUCAGUCAGUAGCCUGUCGGUUUUUCAUGUAGGUUGACGUUUUUUGGUGUGUAUUGUUUACAUGAAUGUGUGACAGAAGUUUACCUCUUAACAACACAUAGCCCUUUUCAUCACCAUGGACAGCGCAUGCUCAUCGGUUGUGGAACUGAGAGAUGUCACCACAUGAUGUGGGAAGACAACGUUUAAUAUUUGGGCAAUCUAAACAUAUGGAAUUGUGAAUCUAUAUUCUGGCCUGUUUUUUCCAAACCAUUUUUUGACUGUGUGGACUUGAAGAAGAAGAAGGUGACAAAUGUAAAUGUAAACAUAAAUGUCAUUCUGUCUUGAAAUUGGCCUCUCUCUGCGGGAAUGCCUGUUUACCUGCCGGGAAGUGGACUAUUGGCACCUCAGGGCAAAUCCAUUCUCACACCUAAUUUCUAAAAGGUCUCAAUUUCCAAAUCAAAUCAAUCUUGACUUCAUUGCACAUACCAGUGAAGUGCGGCCAGUAUUCACUUCUGACUAACCUCAAACCUAUUCACUGGCUGUUCACUGGCUUCUUAGAUGUAAUUGAAAGUGUAAUACACUCUUGAGGUGAACUAAAAUGGAUGGGAGUUGGGUUCCAACCGCAAGAGACGGGACCGCGAAUUUCACCCCGGCCAACCUCCUGGUUGAUCCCCAUAACGGGUCUGGUCUAACACCUACACCGUGGGAUAACGGUCUGUCCAACGAGGUGACGCGGUUGGACGGCCAGCAGCGCUACAUCGCAGAGCAAGCCUACCGGGACUUCGCCACUACCAUCCAGGUACUCAUCCUCAUAGGAUCCCUUUUGGGCAAUGCCACUGUUCUAUGGUGUACCUGCUGUACCAGUGUCUUCAAGUCGGUGACCAGUUGCUUCAUUAAGAACCUGGCGUGCUCUGGGAUCUGUGCGGGUCUGGUGUGUGUUCCCUUCGACGUGGCUCUAGGGGCCAGCCCUCGCUGCUGCUGGUGGCUACAUACUCUGCUGCUCUGCAAGGCCCUGAAGUUCCUCCACAAACUCUUCUGCUCCGUCACCGUGCUCAGCUUCGCCGCUAUCGCUCUCGACAGGUACUACUCUGUCCUCUACCCUCUGGAGAGGAAGAUCUCCGACGCCAGAUCACGUGACCUGGUUAUCUACAUCUGGAUCCACGCCACCAUCGCCAGUGUGCCCGUGUUCGCCGUCACCAACGUUACCGACGUGUACGCCACCUCGUCAUGUUCCGACUCCCGCGCCCGCUCCUUGGGUCACAUGGUCUACGUGUUGACCUACAACGUAACCACGGUGAUCCUCCCCCUGGCAGUCGUCUUCCUGUUCAUGGUUCUGAUUCGCCGAGCCCUUAGCGCCAGCCAGAAGAAGAAGGUGAUUAUUGCGGCUUUGAGAACCCCUCAGAACUCCAUCUCUAUUCCGUAUGUGUCGCAGCGCGAGGCUGAGCUACACGCUACAUUACUGGCUGUAGUUCUAGCCUUCUCGGCCUGUAGCGCCCCCUAUGGGGCAUUGGUGGUAUACCGCACUCUUCUCGGGGACGGCGAGGACUUGCCUUCUUCUCUCUACCUCACAGCUAUCUGGCUGCCAAAGGUGUCUCUCCUCACCAACCCUCUGCUGUUUUUGACGGUGAACCGUACGGCCAGGCGCUGCCUGUUGGAUGUUGUAGCCCGGGUUCACAGACGCUACAGCCGGCGUAACGUAGUCAGCACUGGGGCCCUGGGGCUGGGGCUGGGGCUGGGGGGCGAGGGAGGGCUGGAGGGGUCGGCUCGGGCCGGGAGCCAGCUCCUGGAGAUGUUUAAUAUCGGACAGCAGCAGAUCUUUAGGCCGACCAAUGAAGAGGAGGAGGAGGAGGUGGAGAAUGAGAUACCUUCGUUAGGGUCAGGGGGUGGUGGAGGCUGUUCGCAGCCCAAAGAGAACCACCUUGGAGGGGGUAGACUAGGGGGAUGUGAAGGGGAGAUGGUUCUACAGAAGGAGACCCAACCAACCAGAGAGAGUGUCCUAGUGACUAAAGAACCUCCUCCUCUCAUAUUGGCCAAGGUCUCCCCUGCCCCUGUCCACGCCUGUGCUUACACCUCCUCGUCACAGGUGGCGCCAGCGACCCCCACGGAGCCCGAGGACGCCACCCAGUUUGGGUUCGGUCCGUUCGAGCUUCCACCCCAGUGGCUGCCGGAGACCAGGAACAGUAAAAAGCGGCUCCUCCCACCGCUGGGGAACACCCCCGAGGAACUGAUCCAGACCAAACAUCCACGCCCACGGCCAGAACGACGAAUCAGCAGGAACAACAAGGUCAGCACCUUCCCCACCGUUGACCCCUGAACUAUGAACCCUGACCGUUGACCUUUGAACCGAUGAUCCCUGAUGACAGCUAUGGCUGGAGGUCAGCCAGAGUAGUAUUCCACUGACAGAGCGUAAUGAGAACAGCAAUGCACUUUUUCCCUUUUCUAUCAAGUUUUUGAUACAUUUUAUGUCAAAUGACUGGAUACAAAUUCAAUGGAGGAAACCUGACCAACCACCUGACCAACAACCUGACCAAAGACCCCCCUGUAAGAGAAAACAGGGACGUACAACUCCAGAGCUUGAUAAGUCUGUCUCGUUGUUGAUUCUCCCUGUCGUGUAAUGGAUACAUUGUCUGUCAAUGACUGGCGAGAUUCUAGAAAGUCCACACAUCGACACCUAACAGCCCCAAGUCUGAUGUCUAAAGCCACGUUUUUCUGGAGACAUUGGUCGACCCCGAUUUUGACCCCAAUGUCCUGGUUUGGAUGUUCUCUCUUUUCUUCUUGUUCUAUCGUUCCUGUAAAUAUUUUCAAUUGAUUUGUAAUAGUACUGUUAACAGAACAGGUAAAACCUUUUCAAUUGAUUUGUAAUAGUACUGUUAACAGAACAGGUAAAACCAUUUCAAUUGAUGUGUACUGGUACUGCUAACGGAACAGGUAAAACAUUUUCAAUUGAUUUGUAAUAGUACUGUUAACAGAACAAUUAAAACAUUUUCAAUUGAUUUGUAAUAGUACUGUUAACAGAACAGGUAAAACCAUUUCAAUUGAUGUGUACUGGUACUGCUAACAGAACAGGUAAAACAUUUUCAAUUGAUUUGUAAUAGUACUGUUAACAGAACAGGUAAAACCUUUUCAAUUGAUGUGUACUGGUACUGCUAACAGAAAAGGUAAAACCUUUUCAAUUGAUGUGUACUGGUACUGCUAACAGAACAGGUAAAACAUUUUCAAUUGAUUUGUAAUAGUACUGUUAACAGAACAGGUAAAACCUUUUCAAUUGAUGUGUACUGGUACUGCUAACAGAACAGGUACAACAUUUUCAAUUGAUUUGUAAUAGUACUGUUAACAGAACAGGUAAAACCUUUUCAAUUGAUUUGUAAUAGUACUGCUAACAGAACAGGUAAAACCUUUUCAAUUGAUGUGUGCUGGUACUGCUAACAGAGCAGUGGGGUUAAAACCUUUUCAACAUCUCUGUUUUAUUCAACAUAAUUAGUACAUUCAAUUCAAUCUAGUUGAUUUCUAAGAAAAGUUUCCAUUCGAUUCUUGCAAGGCCACAUUUACAUUGUGAUUGACAUGGAGAACUGAGACACACAAACACUGGAUGAAUCUUAGAUUCUGGCUUAGACGUUGAAGCUAAAUAAGAGUAUUUCUCAAGGGGUUUUUCCAUGAACAAAACAUCUUCUGACAUGAUUCAACUGUCAUCAUCAAGUCUGAAAUAAGGAAUGAUUUUCUGUGUCAAACCUUUCACUUUGUCUCCAUAGUUAUGUCAUUUCUAUGGUUGUUGUUCAUCAAAAGCAACCAGAAAUAUUUAAUUUGGAGAAAUCUAUCAAGCCUUGAGCCGUAGCUGUCCCUAUGUGGGCUUCAUUUUCAUUCUGUAUUAUAUUGAGUUUAUUUUCUAGGGUAGAACGUUUUAAUUCGAUAUUAUAUUGAGUUUAUUUUCUAGGUUAGAACGUUUUAAUUCUAUAUUAUAUUGAGUUUAUUUUCUAGGGUAGAACAUUUCAUUUCUAUACUAUAUUGAGUUUAUUUUCUAGGGUAGAACAUUUCAUUUCUAUAUUAUAUUGAGUUUAUUUUCUAGGUUAGAACGUUUUAAUUCUAUAUUAUAUUGAGUUUAUUUUCUAGGGUAGAACAUUUCAUUUCUAUAUUAUAUUGAGUUUAUUUUCUAGGGUAGAACAUGUCUCUUCAGAUGUAUGGAAUACCAUUCCUUUCCAAUACCAACCCUUUGUAGUACAGACAGUGACUGGAACAUUCAAUGAAAUGAAUGACAUGAUAAGUGCAAUUGUACAGUAUGCAAAUAUAGUAUAAAAUAACUUUGAAUUAACUGAGUUAUAUGAUCCUCGUGUUCUGUUCAUAUUCUAUUAUGAAACUCUUCUAAAACAGUGUUCCUCCACCUCCGACUCCUGGAUGGCCCCGGUCCGUGGGAUAUUGCUUUCCGGACCCUGAGAUGCUAGAGUGCUAGUUUUGAUGUAAGCGGAACCCCAGGAGGAAAAGAACACAGCUUGCCAGUCCUAGCCUGGUCUCAUAUCCCCCAGGAGGAAAAGAACACAGCUUGCCAGUCCUAGCCUGGUCUCAUAUCCCCCAGGAGGAAAAGAACACAGCUUGCCAGUCCUAGCCUGGUCUCAUAUCCCCCAGGAGGAAAAGAACACAGCUUGCCAGUCCUAGCCUGGUCUCAUAUCCCCCAGGAGGAAAAGAACACAGCUUGCCAGUCCUAGCCUGGUCUCAUAUCCCCCAGGAGGAAAAGAACACAGCUUGCCAGUCCUAGCCUGGUCUCAUAUCCCCCAGGAGGGAAAAGAACACAGCUUGCCAGUCCUAGCCUGGUCUCAUAUCCCCCAGGAGGAAAAGAACACAGCUUGCCAGUCCUAGCCUGGUCUCAUAUCCCCCAGGAGGAAAAGAACACAGCUUGCCAGUCCUAGCCUGGUCUCAUAUCCCCCAGGAGGAAAAGAACACAGCUUACCAGUCCUAGCCUGGUCUCAUAUCCCCCAGGAGGAAAAGAACACAGCUUGCCAGUCCUAGCCUGGUCUCAUAUCCCCCAGGAGGAAAAGAACACAGCUUGCCAGUCCUAGUCUGGUCUCAUAUCCCCCAGGAGGAAAAGAACACAGCUUGCCAGUCCUAGCCUGGUCUCAUAUCCCCCAGGAGGAAAAGAACACAGCUUGCCAGUCCUAGCCUGGUCUCAUAUCUUUCUGUUCUUGCCAACUCCAUUGCUCAUCGCUCAAACCAAUGAGUGACAAGAAGUUGGCAUUUUUAGCAAAAACAGACUGGCCUUGUUAUAAAACAGAUUGUGAAACACUCCUUAAAGGGCCAUCGGUAGUAGAGGGUCGAUCCAAAAUGGCACCCUAUGUCCUAUAUAGUGCACUGCUUUCUACCAGAGCACUAUGGGCCCGGUCAAAAAUAGCGCACUAUAAAGGGAAUCGUGUGCCAUUUAGGACACAAUCCUUGAAGAGAGUCUGGAGUGAGUACGUGAGGGGAAAGGGUUCUGUGUGAUUAGAUCUCCUACCAAGCCUCCAUGGAUCAAUCCUAUUGACUCUACAGAGAAGCUGCAGCUCAAUAACCUGACUGCUCCAUUUAGAACACACUCUGCUUGGUAUAAUUAAGCAAUAAGGCACGGGGGGGUGUGGUAUAUGACCAAUAUACCACGGCUAAGGGCU